CAUCCAAUAAAUCACCAUUUUUUAUGACCUUUCAAUUCCUAAACUCUAAAAGUGUCUUCGUUUAAUGGCCGGAAAAUUAUUUCGUUACAAUUUUCUUUACAUUUUUAGUUUCUUCUUCUUCUUCGCUACUCUCUAUCACCAUUUUCUUCAAAAUGAUUACUCUGUUGUUUUUUCCGAUCAAUUUUAUCCCACCACUAUAACUUCCUCCAUAGCCAAUUUAGUUCUUCGUGGAAAUUUCCCCUCUUCCUCUUUUACUAUUCCGUCUCUUUCAAUUCUCAUGCCUGACUGGGAAAUCUACGUCAUCGUUGAUUACUCCCCUCUGAAACCCCAUCCUCAAGAUUCUAAUUUUUACUGUAUUUUUGAUACAGGAGAGGAAACUCCGGCGGUUUCCGCAGCAGAGCUUCCAUUUCCGGCAAGGUGGGUGUUCAAGUGCAAUUUCCCAACAAGGGCUCGUCGGAGUUUGCCUUUUAAGCAACCCAUGUUGAGAGGUUCUUCUGUCAAUGGUUAUUACCGGAAUUCACCUUCGCCGGAGCUGUUCCGGUGGACUUUUCUCGUCUACGAUUCUCUCACAACUGAAAGCGACGUCGUUCUAUUCGUUAAAGGUUUGAACAAACGCCGGGGCAUUAAUCGUAAACCCACGGAAUUCAACUGUAUUUUCGGCGACGCCGUGAGAACCGCCGUGACGAGCUCGAUACAAGAAGUUUUCCGAUGCAAGCUACCGGAUCAUUUCGCCGGGAAAGAGCCAAUUAAAGUUUCAAUUGAAAUUGUGGGACCCACUCCGGCAGUGGUCCCCACCGUAGCCUAUUAUACACCGCCACGUAUAAUUUCUAGUUCCAAAAAAGCUAAGCUUUGUGCUUGUACAAUGGUGUACAAUGUGGCUAAAUUUUUAAGAGAAUGGAUUUUGUAUCAUUCAAGAAUUGGAGUUGAAAAAUUCAUACUAUAUGAUAAUGGAAGCGAUGAUGAUUUAGCCGCAAUUGUUAAUGAGUUAAUUGAAGAAGGCUAUGAUGUAAAGACUCAUUUUUGGCUAUGGCCAAAAACUCAAGAAGGUGGUUUUUCCCAUAGUGUCAUUUUUGCAAAGGACUUAUGUUCAUGGAUGAUGUACAUUGAUGUUGAUGAAUUUGUAUAUUCUCCAUCAUGGUCUAAUUUAACUCAACCAUCAAAAUCAUUGCUACCUUCUAUAUUACCAAAUUUAGAAGAUGAGAAAAAUGUUGCACAAAUUAGCAUCCCUUGUUAUGAAUUUGGACCGUCGAAUCAGAAGGAGCAUCCAACAACAGGAUUGAUACAAGGCUACAAUUGCCGGAGAAAAACAGAGAAUCGACAUAAGUCUAUAGUAUUACUGUCUGCCGUGGAUCAAUCUUUGCUCAAUGUGAUUCAUCAUUUUAAGUUGAAGACGGAAUACAAUGUGAAGAAACUGAAUGUUCUAGAAAUGGUGGUGAAUCAUUAUAAAUUUCAAGUUUGGUCUGAGUUUAAGGCGAAGUUUAGGAGGAGGGUGUCAACUUAUGUUGUCGAUUGGACUAAACCAUCGAACCUUGGUUCGAAUGAUCGAACUCCAGGAUUAGGGUACAAUCCUGUUGAGCCUAUAGGUUGGAAGAGCAAGUUUUGUGAGAUAUAUGAUAAUGGUUUAAAAGAUUUGACAUGGAGAUGGUUUACAAUCGAGUCCCUUACCCCAUCGGAGUAUUACAAUAGGUCCGACUAAAUGUGACACUAGAAUUUAUCAUGAUAGAAUGCAACAUAGUAAAAUAGCUUUUCUUUGAUUCUUAUAGUUUUCUCUUAAUUUGUUGUUCUUUUGAUUCUUUUUGAGUGUAAGUUGAUGUAUAAUUGUUGGUUGCAAUAAGUGGGAUAGAUUAGGAAUGCCU